AAGCCGGUGGUCAUGACGCAAAACCGGUUUGAGAGUUGAGAUUCAAGAAAGGAAAUUAUUGAUAAAGAACAUUACAAAAGACUUCACCUUUCUUCCCCUUUCAAAGCCAAUCAGCCGACUACUUAUUUCCAUCCUUACUCUCCAUCGUCUUCAUCUCAGUCCUCACACACUUUUACUUACCUCACCUCAAUUCAAACCACCCAAUACUUCCUUAACUUCUUAUCUCAAACAUCAUGCCUACAAACACUUCAGACAAAGCUGGGGAUAUGGCCAACAAUGUAUCGAAAGAUGCUCAAAAGAAAGCAGGUCAAGCUAGUGACCAGGCCCAAGAAUCUGGAAAAGACCUUUACAACCGGGCCGCUUCUUUAGCUUCUGACGCGGUUGAUGCAGCAAAGGAAACUGCUGGUGUCGCUCAGAAGAAAGGACAGGAAGCUACUGACUCCGGUUCAAGUACAGUCGACAAAGCCAAAAACGAAGCCAGUUCUGCAAAGGACAAAGCGGGCGACCAAGCCAACUCAGCCAAAGACAAAGCAAGUGAUCAGGCUGCCUCAGCAAAAGAGACCGCUGAGAGCAACGUUUCCUCAGCGAAAGACAAGACCCAAGAGCUUACCGAUGAAGCCAAAUCUAAAGCUGGUGACGCAGCAGACACCGCAAAGGCACACGGAAAUAGCCUAAUCGAGCAGGCUACAGCUCUAGCAUCGAAUACAAUUCAAUACGUCAAAGAGACUGCCGGUCUUGCGCAAACUAAGGCGGCCGAAACGAAAGACAAGGCAUUAUGUUGCUGCUGGACAGACUUGAAAUCAGAAGCUGAAAGCAAGACUGACAGUGCCGCCGGUCAAGAGUCAUAUGUAGACAAGGCACGAAACUUGGCGGCGAGUGCCAUUGGUCAAGCCCAAAAUCUUGUGGCAUCAGCUGAACAAAAAGUGGAUGAGCAAACUUCAUCCAAGCCGUUGACAGAACAAGUCGGUGACGCUGCAAAGAACGCGCAAGACGCCGCUGUGCAAAAGACCAGUGAUCUACAGUCCACAGCACAGAACAUGAUGGAUAAAACUACAAAAGAGUUGGAGGAUUUGAAACUCAAAAGUGGCGGUUAUGCUAAAGCUGGAGCUCAGGAGGUGGGCAAAGCUGCUGAUUCCAUCAGUGCGAAGUGAAUCAAUAGCUAUGGGGAAACGCUUUGUGGGGUUCAAUUUCUGUCUCAGUGACGCAAAUGUUUGUAUUGGCAUAGUUUUCUCUUUAUCUGCUUUCAUUUAUUCUACACCAGUAUUAUCAUCUCGAAAUAAAUCUACUGAACUGUUCAUCAUUGAAAUGUUUUUUCCUUCGGUUGAGGAUUUUGCCCGU